AAAAGCAAAACAAAAAAGCAACCAAAAAAGAAAAAAAAAAAGCGAGCCAAACAAAACAAAACAACACAAGCAAACCCAACUAACAAACAAAAACAACUUCAUUCGGAGCUGAAAGUGACAGGAAAGUGCCCGGCAAGUUGCGGGGAUGGAGCUGCACAGCUUGCAAGAGGCGUUAAAAGUGGAAAUCCAAUGUCAUCAGAAACUAAUUGCACAGAUGAAGCAAGAUCCACAGAACGGGGAUCUUAAGAAACAAAUCCAUGAAAGGCAAUCAAGGAUAGCAGCUCUUAAUGAGAAACAAGUAAGGAACAGAUCGAUUCAGUUCUGUUUGCUUUUUCUUGUUUGUACGAUGCACUUUCUAAACAUCCGAAAAGUGUCUGUGUUAGCUGAAAAAUACGAACAGCAGGGAAUAUAGCAUCCAUUUUUCCUAAGCGUAAAGUAAGAAAAUGCAUGUUUUCAAAAUGAGAUCAGAUUCUUGUGUGUCUUGCUGGGGGAAAGGAUGAUUUUAG